CGGCUAUCUUCGGCUCUCUCCGGCCGGGUCACGUGAUCUCCGAGUGCAAAAACAAAACACUCGGGCUACCUGCUAGCAGAGCUGCGAUGACACCGAGCCGAACCUCAGGAUGUGUGUCCGUGAACCAACCGACGACCCGGGGAACUAACGCUGCUUAGCUCGGCCGCUGCUCCGCGCUCACACCAUGAAUCUGAGGGGACUCUUCCAGGACUUCAACCCCAGUAAGUUCCUGAUCUACUCCUGUCUGCUGCUGUUCUCCGUCUUGCUGUCCUUGAGGCUCGAUGGAGUCAUCCAGUGGAGCUACUGGGCGGUGUUCACCCCAAUAUGGCUGUGGAAGCUUCUGGUCAUCAUCGGGGCCUCCGUGGGCACCGGAGUCUGGGCACACAACCCCCAGUACAGGGCUGAAGGGGAGACCUGCGUGGAGUUCAAAGCCAUGCUGAUCGCGGUGGGCCUCCACGUCCUGUUGCUGAUGUUCGAGGUGUUGGUGUGCGACCGCGUGGCGAGGGGAAACUACUUCUGGCUCCUCGUCUUCAUGCCUCUCUUCUUCGUGUCGCCCGUCUCCGUAGCAGCCUGCGUUUGGGGGUUUAGACACGACAGAUCCCUCGAGCUGGAGGUUUUGUGUUCAGUUAACAUCCUUCAGUUCAUCUUCAUCGCUCUGAGGCUGGACAGGAUCAUCAACUGGCCGUGGCUGGUGGUGUGUGUCCCUCUGUGGAUCUUGAUGUCCUUCCUGUGCCUUGUCGUCCUCUACUACAUCAUCUGGUCCGUCCUCUUCCUGCGCUCCAUCGACAUCAUCGCCGAGCAGCGACGGACUCACAUCACCAUGGCGAUCAGCUGGAUGACCAUCGUCGUGCCUCUCCUCACCUUUGAGAUCCUUCUGGUUCACAAGUUGGACGGCCACAACAGUCUGAGCUACGUCUGUGUGUUCGUCCCUCUCUGGCUGUCUCUGCUCACACUCAUGGCCACCACGUUUGGACAGAAGGGAGGGAACCACUGGUGGUUUGGCAUCCGUAAGGACUUCUGCCACUUCCUGCUGGAGCUCCUCCCUUUCCUGCGAGAGUACGGCAACGUGUCGUACGACCUGCAGCGCAGCGACGACCCCGAGGCGGCCGAGGACCUGCCCGUGCCCGAGCCGCCGCCCAAGAUUGCCCCCAUGUUCCACAAGAAGACCGGCGUGGUGAUCACGCAGAGUCCCGGGAAAUACUUUGUCCCACCGCCGAAACUCUGCAUCGACAUGCCCGACUAAAAAUGUACGGCGGCAGGGACGUGAAGCCGAAACAGCAGAGGGCGCUGUGCUGAAGGAUUUGGUCCCCACACCUAAAAAACAAAAACAAAAAAAAACUCUGCAUCAGCAUAACUGACAGGGGUGACACGUGAGCACCAAUAAGAAGACGGAUGAAUGAGUCUGUCGAGGACUGAGCGGUGGAACCAAAAGAGAGGACUUCUUUGUUUCUCACCUGCAGGCGAAGGUUCACUGUGUUACUCAACUCCUAAUUUUAUCCAUUGUGAAGAUUUCUUUGGGGGUAAACUGACCAGGCGAGACUGGAUCUACGCGGACUUCUCUAAAUAUACGUGACUCUGUUACAGCCGCAGAUCUGACUGAAUCAAAGAUGACGCUUGCCUUGCUUCGUGAUGGGGACCAUUUUGGGAUCAGUGUACCCGCAAUAGCUACUGUUCUCACUUUUGACCAUGCAGGUGGGAGGCGGAGUUAACGGAAGGGGCUCAGAUUUUCACAGGUCGGUCUUUGCAUGAUACUCGGACGCCUCGACGGACGCCGAUAGUUAUUCCAGUUUAAGAGACGAGGCGAGAAGAAUCUACAGUUCUUGAGCGUAAAAAUGAAACCAAAAGCUGCGACGAGGCUUCAGUUUGUUUGUUUGUUUUUGUAUGAAAUUCCCCCACUGAGUUUCACUGAAAUAACAGUGGGAAUUUCUGAAACUAUCACUUGAUUUGUCUGAAUUCGAAACCUCUUUUCAGCUUCGGUUAACGCAUCUUUAUGCAGAACUGUGAGUUUUGUCUCGUCUAUGGCGACUCUUUUGGUGGAUAUACGCCAUGGAAAGACAGACCUGGAAAUAAAUCUGAGCCUUUUCUUUUAAAAAAGAAAAAGAGAAACCUGGAAAUGGCACUUUGUUAAAAUGUCUGACCUGUCAGUUUUUUUGUAUUCCUUUUAUUUUUUUGUGUAUAUAACACAAGUUGUCAAAUUUGGGACCAGAAUGGAGACGGCGAGCGAGAGUUUAGAUGCAAGCAAAAAAAGAAAAUCACACACUUCUGUUUGAAUUUAACGUCACCAUCAAACCACUGAAGAAGAUUCUCAGUUACCGUGGCGGAUACAGUCAAUUAUAUUUCCCGUACGGCAGUUUGGAGAUAGAAAAAUGAAUGUUCAAAAAGAAAAUCGUACAUAUUGGCCUUAACAGGUUGAAACAAUGAAAAAAUAACAUUUUAUCCACCUUCAAUAGAGAGUAUAACUCCUUUUAGAUUUGCAAGAUUUAAGAAGUACAUCAAGUAAAAAUAUUGUUGAUCCAGUUUUGUUUUUAUUUUCUCUUCUUGGACAACCUGAUCGCUGGACUUUCCAGCGUGCGCUGUGUAAUUCUUUUUUUCACACACAUUGUGUGUCUUUUUCCAUUAAAUUGGUCUGAUUUA